AUGUCUAAGAGCGACGACAUCAAAGCCUUUGCGGACAAAGACGGUCAUUUCCGAAGACAACCAUCGAAGUUCCGCGACUGGAUCUCAACAGAAUCAGGAGCCAAGUUUCCACCUGAGAAAGAUCGUUAUCUAACAGNNGUCCUCUACAUCAAUUGGGGAUGCCCCUGGGCGAAUCGCACAGCCAUUGUUCGCAUGCUCAAGGGCCUCGAGGACAUCAUCCAACUGGUCGUGAUGGACUACGUAAUGUUUUCUGAAGGCUGGGGCUAUAGCGGCCGUGACGGAACAGCUGAGAAGGAUCCUCUGUAUGGAUUCACCCGUCAUCGUCAGCUUUAUGAGAAAGCAGAACCGGGCUAUGAAGGUCGUGUCUUGGUACCCACGCUAUGGGACAAGAAGAGUGAAACCAUCGUCAACAAUGAAAGUUCAGAAAUCAUCCGCAUGUUCUACACCGAGUUUGACGACUUGCUGCCUGAGAGAUUCCAAGAGAAGAGCCAUCCCGCUGGCGGAUACUAUCCAAACUCUCUGAAACAGCAGAUCGAUGACUUCAACGAGUGGGUCUACGACACCAUCAACAAUGGCGUUUACAAGUGUGGCUUCGCCAGCUCACAAGAAGCCUACGACAAGAAUGUGGACAUCCUGUUUGAUAGCCUUGACCGCGUGGAAGCCCAUCUCAAGACUUCAGACGGACCGUUCUUGUUUGGCAACCAUCUCACCGAAGCAGAUAUCAGAUUGUACCCCUCGAUUGCGAGGUUCGAUGUCGCAUACCAUAACAUUUUCAAGUGCAAUUUGAAGAUGAUCAGACAUGAUUAUCCGACAAUUGACAAGUGGUACAGAAACAUAUACUACGACGAAGGAGAGGAGACAAGAGGUGGAGCAUUCAGAAAAGCGACACACUGGGAUGCUGUGAGUAUUUCCUUGCGGUUCUGUAUUCUGAGUGUACUGACACGAUUAGNNAUCAAAUUUGGAUAUGCUGGCGCGAAGAAGCUUCAAGUGGUGCCCAAAGGUCCUGUACCAGACAUCUUACCCAAAGAUGCGUGA